CUUUUUUUUUUUGGGUAGGAUUAUCUUUCUUUUCUUAAUUCUACAAGAAGGGUUGGUCGACAACACCCCCAACUCACAGUCAAAACAAGACAGCCAUACCCGAUUUUUUAAAAAAUGGUGUCUGAACAAAAUGUGGAGUAUUAUGGGCCAUGAGAUUUGGUUCUUAUCUGCCUUUUAGAGACUUUGGGAUUUACAGAGGAAGAGGCGGAUUGAAAUUUUGGGGGGUUGGAGCUUCCUGCUUUGGAUUUUAGAGCAUAUGGCGAGAAGAUACAUAUAGAAACAGGAAGGGGUAGUUCCCAGCUACUUCAAAGGAAAGAGAAAAACACAGGUCGGCAGGUGACACGUGAAGCCUCAUUAAAGCCCUUUCACUCUCUGGUUCUCUCUUACAUUCCUUGGCAAAAAGCUUUACUCAUUUCAUUCCUGAGACACACACUUCGUGACUCAAUGCUUCUCAUGAACUUGAAGGCGGUAUUGGAAAUCUGAUUUUCUGGGUUUUUGAGAUUGAUCGUUGCGCUUGCUCUGGGUGGAGCAAGUCUGAAUCCUAAAAGGGUCCUCCAAUGGCGGGAAUUUUGCGUGGGAAUGAGGUAAUAAAUGGAACAGGGCCGAUCAGGCAUCCAGCUACAUCAACCGAGGUUGAUGAAUUCUGCUAUGUCCUUGGUGGGAAGAAUCCGAUCCACAGUAUCUUAAUCGCUAACAAUGGAAUGGCAGCAGUGAAGUUUAUGCGUAGUGUCAGGACAUGGGCCUAUGAAACCUUUGGAACGGAGAAGGCAAUCCUUUUGGUCGCCAUGGCUACCCCAGAGGACAUGAGAAUCAACGCUGAGCAUAUCAGAAUUGCUGAUCAGUUUGUGGAGGUUCCUGGAGGGACCAACAACAACAAUUAUGCUAAUGUGCAGCUAAUUGUGGAGAUGGCUGAGAGAACACAUGUUAAUGCUGUUUGGCCUGGUUGGGGUCAUGCAUCAGAAAUUCCUGAGCUGCCAGAUGCGCUGAAUGCAAAGGGCAUAAUAUUCCUAGGGCCACCUGCUGCAUCUAUGGCAGCAUUGGGAGAUAAGAUUGGCUCAUCCCUAAUAGCUCAAGCAGCAGGAGUACCGACACUUUCAUGGAGUGGAUCACAUGUCAAAAUUCCUCCAGAGAGUUGCUUGGAUUCCAUCCCUGAAGAUAUAUACCGGGAAGCAUGUGUAUAUACAACAGAGGAGGCUUUGGCUAGUUGUCAGGUGGUGGGUUACCCUGCAAUGAUCAAGGCAUCUUGGGGUGGUGGUGGUAAAGGCAUAAGAAAGGUUCAUAAUGAUGAUGAAGUCAAGGCAUUGUUCAAGCAAGUUCAGGGUGAGGUUCCUGGCUCUCCAAUAUUUACAAUGAAGGUCGCUUCCCAGAGCCGGCAUUUAGAAGUCCAGCUACUUUGUGAUCAGCAUGGAAAUGUUGCAGCUUUGCACAGCCGUGAUUGUAGUGUUCAGAGGCGGCACCAAAAGAUUAUUGAGGAGGGUCCAAUUACAGUUGCACCACCAGAAACAGUGAAGGAGCUGGAGCAGGCGGCUAGGAGGCUAGCUAAGUGUGUGAAUUAUGUUGGUGCUGCUACUGUUGAGUAUCUAUACAGUAUGGACACUGGCGAGUACUAUUUCUUAGAACUCAACCCACGAUUACAGGUAGAGCAUCCUGUCACUGAGUGGAUUGCUGAAGUAAAUCUUCCAGCGGCUCAAGUUGCUGUUGGAAUGGGAAUUCCUCUCUGGCAGAUACCUGAAAUAAGGCGAUUUUAUGGAAUGGAACAUGGUGGAGGUUAUGAUGCUUGGAAGAGAACAUCAACUGUGGCCACUCCAUUUGAUUUUGACGAGGCAGUGUCUGUCAAGCCAAAAGGUCAUUGUGUUGCUGUGCGUGUAACAAGUGAAGACCCAGAUGAUGGUUUCAAGCCUACUAGUGGGAAAGUACAGGAACUGAGUUUUAAAAGCAAGCCAAAUGUGUGGGCUUACUUUUCUGUUAAGUCUGGUGGUGGCAUUCAUGAAUUCUCUGAUUCUCAAUUUGGACAUGUUUUUGCUUUUGGAGAGUCAAGAGCUGUGGCAAUUGCAAAUAUGGUUCUCGGGCUAAAGGAAAUCCAAAUUCGAGGCGAAAUACGAACAAAUGUUGAUUACACUAUUGAUCUUUUACAUGCAUCCGAGUACAGGGACAACAAAAUCCACACAGGCUGGCUGGACAGCAGAAUUGCCAUGAGGGUUAGAUCAGAGAGGCCUACCUGGUACCUCUCAGUUGUUGGAGGGGCUCUUUAUAAAGCACUAUCCAGCAGUAAAGCUGUGGUUUCUGAUUAUGUUGGUUAUCUUGAAAAGGGACAAAUUCCACCCAAGCAUAUUUCACUAGUCAACUCUCAAGUUUCUUUGAACAUUGAAGGGAGCAAAUACACAAUUGAAAUGGUAAGAGGAGGGCCAGGAAGUUAUAGUUUGAGGAUGAACCAGUCAGAGAUAGUAACGGAGAUACAUACUUUGCGGGAUGGAGGUCUACUGAUGCAGUUGGAUGGAAACAGUCAUGUGAUAUAUGCAGAGGAAGAGGCAGCUGGUACUCGCCUUCUCAUUGGUGGAAGGACUUGCUUGUUGCAGAAUGAUCAUGAUCCAUCUAAGUUAGUCGCAGAGACACCAUGCAAGCUUCUUCGUUUCUUAGUUCAGGAUGGUAGUCAUGUUGAAGCUGACACACCAUAUGCAGAAGUUGAGGUUAUGAAGAUGUGCAUGCCUCUUCUACUACCGGCUUCUGGAGUUAUCCAUUUCAAGAUGUCAGAAGGUCAGGCGAUGCAGGCUGGUGACCUUAUAGCAAGGCUUGAUUUGGAUGACCCAUCAGCUGUAAGGAAAGCUGAACCUUUUAAUGGGAGCUUUCCAGUGCUGGGUCCUCCUACUGCAGUUUCUGGAAAGGUUCAUCAGAGAUGUGCUGCAAGUUUGAAUGCUGCUCGUAUGAUUCUUGCAGGCUAUGAGCAUAACAUUGACGAAGUUGUGCAAGAUUUGCUGAACUGCUUGGAUAGUCCAGAGCUGCCUUUCCUUCAGUGGCAAGAAUGCAUGGCUGUUCUGGCAACACGCCUUCCAAAAGAUCUAAAAAAUGAGUUGGAUGCUAAGUACAAGGAGUAUGAAGGGAUUUCAGACUACCAGAAGAAUGCUGAAUUCCCAGCCAAAUUAUUGCGGGGUGCUCUCGAAGCACAUCUCCUGUCCUGCCCUGAUAAAGAAAAAGCAACCCAGGAGAGGCUUGUGGAACCUCUGAUGAGUCUUGUGAAAUCUUACGAGGGUGGAAGAGAGAGUCAUGCUCGUGUUAUUGUUCAAUCUCUUUUUGAAGAAUAUCUCUCUAUUGAAGAAUUAUUUAGUGACAACAUUCAGGCUGAUGUAAUUGAACGCCUCCGACUUCAAUAUAAGAAAGAUCUUCUGAAGGUGGUGGACAUAGUGCUCUCUCAUCAGGGUGUUCGGAGGAAAAAUAAGCUGAUAUUACGACUCAUGGAAGCAUUGGUUUACCCUAACCCUGCUGCAUACAGGGAUAAGCUGAUACGUUUUUCUGCUCUGAACCAUGCAAGUUAUUCUGAGUUGGCAUUGAAGGCAAGCCAGCUGCUUGAACAAAACAAGCUGAGUGAACUUCGUUCAAGUAUUGCUAGAAGCCUCUCAGAGCUUGAGAUGUUUACAGAAGAAGGCGAAAAUAUGGAUACUCCUCGGAGAAAGAGUGCCAUUAAUGAAAGGAUGGAGGAUCUGGUGAGUACUCCUUUGGCAGUGGAAGAUGCACUUGUGGGUCUGUUUGAUCACAGUGACCACACUCUUCAAAGGCGGGUUGUGGAAACUUAUAUCCGUAGGCUGUACCAGCCCUACCUUGUAAAGGGGAGUGUCAGGAUGCAGUGGCAUAGAUCUGGUCUUAUUGCAUCAUGGGAGUUCUCUGACGAACAUAUUGAGAAAUAUGGCUUGGAAGAUCAAAAUUCUGAUAAACCAGAGGAUGAGAAACACAGUGAGAGGAACUGGGGAGCCAUGGUUAUCAUUAAAUCUCUUCAGUUUUUACCAACAGCUAUUAGUGCUGCACUAAAGGAAACUAAUCAUAGUCCUCGUGAUAUGACACCAAAUGGAAACUUGGAAGUAGAUAGCCAUGGUAAUAUGCUGCAUGUGGCAUUGGUGGGCAUCAACAACCAGAUGAGUUUACUGCAGGAUAGCGGUGAUGAGGAUCAGGCUCAGGAAAGAAUUAACAAAUUAGCCAAAAUAGUUAAAGAGAAAGAAGUAGGAUCAGGUCUCCGUGCUGCAGGUGUUGGUGUUAUUAGUUGCAUUAUACAGAGGGACGAAGGGCGGGCUCCUAUGAGACACUCCUUUCACUGGUCACCUGACAAGCUCUAUUAUGAAGAAGAGCCUCUACUGCGUCACUUAGAACCUCCAUUGUCGAUGUUUCUUGAACUGAACAAGCUCAAAGGAUAUGAAAACAUAAAGUACACACCAUCCAGAGAUCGCCAGUGGCACCUGUACUCUGUUGUGGACAAGCCACAACCCAUCCAAAGGAUGUUUCUUCGUACCCUUGUUCGGCAAGCCAGCACAAAUGAAGGCUUCUCAAUGUAUCAAGGGUUAAAUGUGAGAACUGGUAAUGCACAUCUGGCUACAUCUUUUACUUCAAGGAGCAUUUUGAGGUCCUUAACGGCUGCACUGGAGGAACUAGAACUACUUGUACACAAUGAUACUAUCAAAGCUGACCAUGCCCAUAUGUAUCUGUGUAUUCUACGGGAGCAACAAGUAGAUGAUCUUGUUUCUUACUCCAGGAGAGUUGAUAUAGAAGCUGGCAAAGAAGAAGCUGUACUUGGGAUCAUCUUGGAAGAGCUGGCACAUGAGAUCCAUCUUUCUGUUGGUGUAAGGAUGCAUCGGCUUGGUGUUUGCGAAUGGGAAGUGAAACUCUGGUUGGCAUCUGCGGGCCUUGCUAGUGGUGCUUGGAGGGUUGUGGUUACAAAUGUGACAGGUCAUACUUGCCAAGUUCAUAUAUACCGAGAAGUGGAGGAUUCCAGCAAACAUGAAGUGGUCUACCAUUCGGUUUUAUCUGUUUUGGGUCCUUUGCAUGCUAUUCCAGUGGCUGCACGCUAUCAGCCCUUGGGAGUCCUUGACCGAAAGCGUCUUACAGCAAGGAAAAGCAACACUACAUAUUGCUAUGAUUUCCCACUGGCAUUUGAGACGGCCUUGAAACGGGCAUGGGCAUCCCAAUUACCGGGGUCUAACAAACCCAUGGAUAAGAAUCUUGUCAAAGUAUCAGAGCUUAUGUUUGCUGACAAACAAGGUGCCUGGGACACUCCACUUGUUUCUGUUGUCCGCCCAUCUGGGCUUAAUGAUAUGGGCAUGGUAGCCUGGUGUAUAGAGAUGUCUACUCCUGAGUUCCCUGAUGGAAGGACCAUUCUGAUUGUAUCAAAUGAUGUGACUUUCAAAGCAGGGUCCUUUGGCCCAAGAGAGGAUGCUUUCUUCCAUGCUGUAACUAAUCUAGCUUGUGAUAAGAAGUUACCAUUGAUUUAUCUGGCAGCAAACUCUGGAGCUCGUAUUGGUGUGGCUGAGGAAGUAAAAGCUUGCUUUAGAGUUGGAUGGUCUGAUGAAUCUAGUCCUGAACGUGGGUUUCAGUAUGUGUAUUUGACCCCUGAAGAUUAUGCAUGUAUUGGAUCUUCUGUGAUAGCCCAUGAGUUGAAGAUGGAAACUGGAGAAACCAGAUGGGUCAUAGACACCAUUGUUGGGAAAGAAGAUGGGUUGGGAGUCGAGAACCUAACCGGUAGUGGAGCCAUUGCUGGUGCUUAUUCAAGGGCAUACAAGGAAACAUUUACAUUAACCUAUGUGACAGGCCGAACUGUUGGAAUAGGCGCUUACCUUGCUCGGCUUGGUAUGCGGUGCAUCCAGAGGCUUGAUCAGCCUAUAAUUCUGACAGGUUUCUCUGCACUGAACAAACUUCUGGGACGGGAGGUGUACAGCUCCCACAUGCAACUUGGUGGGCCUAAAAUCAUGGCAACCAAUGGUGUUGUUCAUCUGACAGUCUCAGAUGAUCUUGAAGGUGUUUCAGCCAUUUUAAAGUGGCUGAGCUAUGUGCCACCUCAUGUAGGUGGGCCCCUCCCCAUUUUGAAGCCCUUGGACCCUCCGGAGAGGCCUGUUGAGUACUUGCCUGAGAAUUCUUGUGAUCCUCGUGGAGAAAUCUGUGGGGUUGUGGAUGGUAAUGGGAAGUGGCUUGGGGGUAUAUUUGACAAAGAUAGCUUUGUGGAGACUCUGGAAGGUUGGGCCAGGACAGUUGUAACUGGGAGGGCGAAGCUUGGGGGGAUCCCUGUAGGAAUUGUUGCUGUUGAAACACAGACAGUGAUGCAAAUUAUCCCUGCAGACCCUGGUCAACUUGAUUCCCAUGAGAGGGUUGUUCCUCAAGCAGGGCAAGUAUGGUUUCCUGAUUCUGCAAGCAAGACAUCUCAGGCACUGCUAGAUUUCAACAGAGAAGAACUUCCCCUUUUCAUUCUUGCCAACUGGAGAGGCUUCUCAGGUGGGCAACGAGACCUCUUUGAAGGGAUCCUUCAGGCUGGAUCAACCAUUGUUGAGAAUCUUCGUACAUACAAUCAGCCUGUCUUUGUGUAUAUUCCCAUGAUGGGUGAGCUCCGUGGUGGGGCAUGGGUGGUUGUGGAUAGUAAGAUUAAUCCAGAUCACAUUGAAAUGUAUGCUGAAAGGACAGCCAAGGGUAAUGUUCUUGAACCGGAAGGAAUGAUUGAGAUCAAGUUCCGGGUAAAGGAGCUGCUGGAUUGCAUGGGUCGGCUUGAUCAACAACUAAUUAAUCUGAAGUCAAGAUUUCAGGAAGCCCGAAGUAGCGGGGUCCCCGGGACAGCAGAAGCUCUACAACAGCAGAUAAAAUCCCGUGAGAAGCAGCUACUUCCGAUAUACACUCAGAUUGCCACUCGUUUUGCUGAAUUGCAUGAUACCUCCCUUCGGAUGCAUGCAAAGGGGGUAGUCAAAGAAGUUGUGGACUGGGGUAAUUCCAGGUCAUUCUUUUACAAGAGGCUAUACCGCAGAGUUGCCGAGGAUUCAUUGAUCAGAACAGUGAGGGAUGCCACUGGUGAUCAACUGUCUCAUAAAGUAGCAAUGGAUUUGAUCAAGAGGUGGUUCCUGGCUUCCAAACCCAUGGAAGUUGGAAAAGAUGCAUGGGUCGAUGAUGACGCUUUCUUAACAUGGAAAGAUGAUCCAAGGAACUAUGAGGAACACCUGCAGGAGUUGCGGAUGCAGAGGGUAGUGCAUCAACUAUCAAAUCUUGGUGAAUCUCCAUCAGAUUUACGAGCUUUGCCACAAGGUCUUGCCGCUCUCCUGUCCAAGGUGGAGCCAAAUAGCCGGAUGCAGUUGAUUGAUGAGAUUCGAAAGAUUAUCAGUUAAUAAAAGAUUAGGGCCCAGCUUCUCGUGCGAUCUGUACAUUAUCGCUUAUAAUGUAGUAGAAUGCAGUUUCUAUGCCUCUCAACCCAAUAAUGUUCUUGCCAGCAGAAUGGUAGUGCACUGGCAUGAGGGAAGAUGUUAAGAGGGGAUAUAUUUCAUAUUACUGAAACCAUGAAAUGUAAAUUUUUGUAGGUUGCCAUCCCGUCUAGGAAGUUUAUAGAUGGUUUCCAUUAUUUAGGAGUAAUCAUCCAGCAUUGGCCAGUUCUUGUUCAUGACCUGUCAGUGCAGCUGAGCGAUCCAUUGCUUAUUUACAACAAUUUUCGUAAUGUCUGUAAUUGAUGAUUACUAAUUGUUCUACUCAUGAAUAAAAGUGAUGGCGACCUUCUUUUCAA